CUGCCUGCUUUGAUUGGGGCUGUGGUUUCCCUGACAGCUCUGGAAGACAAGGCUGAGAAUCAGAGUACUAUGACUCCAGGAUUUAGGAGUGCUACAGACAUAGUUUACCUGAAGAGAGCGGUGAAAGAGGUUCCCAUCCUGGAUUUGGAGCUACAGUUGAGGAAGCCUAGAGAGCAAGCUGAACCAGAAGGGAGAGAACCUGAAAGAGGAGAGGGUGCUGUCCCGGGUUUUUAAGCUCCAGUAAAGAGAGACAGAGCCAAGAUACAUGUAGCACAGAGUCAGUGGAGAAAAAACAUCAGGACUGAGUAGUCAGAAGAGCCUGCUCAGGACAGCUUUCUGCAAAGAGCAGAAGGCGGGGUGUGUGAUGAACCUGGAGAAUGCGUGUGGUUACCAACCCGGGGUGCGGGGCCCGCGGGACACGAUUGAACAGAAGGUCAAAGGUCAGCUGAACUUUGGCUUCCAGAGGAGCUCCACGUCAGACGAUGACUCCGGUUGCGCCCUGGAGGAGUAUGCCUGGGUACCACCUGGCCUAAGGCCUGAACAUGUCCAGUUGUAUUUCUCUUGUCUUCCUGAGGAGAAGGUUCCUUAUGUAAACAGUCCUGGAGAGAAGUUCAGAAUCAAACAGCUGCUGUACCAACUGCCUCCACACGACAAUGAGAUGCGAUAUUGCCAGUCGCUCAGUGAGGAGGAGAAGAAGGAGCUCCACAUGUUCAGUGUCCAGAGGAAGAAGGAGGCGUUGGGGAGGGGCUCCCUGAAACUGCUGCCUCGCACCCAGCUACACAGCAUCUGUGAACACUGUGGGGACAGCGUUAAUGGAGGAGAGAUGGCCGUGUUCGCAUCCAGAGCGGGCCCCGGGCUAGUCUGGCACCCAGCAUGCUUUGCAUGUUCCACCUGUAGUGAGCUGCUGGUGGACCUGAUCUACUUCUACCAGGACGGAAAGAUCCACUGUGGACGCCACCACGCUGAGCUACUCAAACCGCGGUGCUCAGCAUGCGACGAGGUUAUCUUCUCUGACGAGUGCACCGAGGCGGAGGGCCGGCAUUGGCACAUGAAGCACUUCUCCUGUUUUGAGUGCGAGACGGUGCUGGGCGGACAGCGUUACAUCAUGAAGGACGGGCGGCCAUAUUGCUGUGGCUGCUUCGAGUCUCUCUAUGCGGAGUACUGCGAAGCCUGCGGGGAACACAUUGGCGUUGACCACGCCCAGAUGACUUACGACGGUCUCCAUUGGCAUGCCACCGAGGGUUGUUUCUGCUGUGCCCAGUGUAAGAGAUCCCUGCUGGGCUGUCCCUUCCUGCCCAAACAGGGACGCAUCUACUGCUCCAAAGCCUGCAGUCUGGGUGAAGACAUCCAUGCCUCCGACUCCUCCGACUCCGCCUUCCAGUCGGCACGUUCCCGCGAGUCCCGCCGCAGUGUGCGUAUGGGCAAGAGCAGCCGUUCGGCGGACCAGUGCCGCCAGUCGCUCCUCUUCUCGCCCGCCGUCAACUACAAGUUCCCCGGGUUUACUAGUAACCCGGACACUGGUGCACUCACCAACAAGCUGGCCCAUCUGGGUCUGACGGACGAGGAGCGUUUCUGGAAGGGGAGGGAGGAGACGGAGGCCCCAGAGGAUCAGGAGGAGGAGUGGGCUGAGCACGAGGACUACAUGACCCAGCUGCUCCUCAAGUUUGGGGAGCACGGCAUCUUCCAGCAGGGUGAGACAGUGGAUCCCAGACCUUCAACCGAUCACUGGACGACCGAGGCAGAGAUCAAGAUGAAACAGUGUGAGCCUCAGAGCUCCAGGUCUGGGAUGGAAGGCAUCAGGGGAGGAGGGGGUUCUGGCACCCAAAGCCUCGCCAGUAAGAAGUACCAGCCGGACAUGUACUGGGCCCAGUCCCAGGACGGGCUAGGGGACUCGGCCUAUGGGAGCCACCCUGGCCCCGCCAGCAGCAGGAAGCUCCAGGAGCUGGAGAAGGAGCAGGGGGCCAGGAGCAGCGGGGAUCCAGGCUUUCAGAUGGAUGACAAGCAGUGGUACGACGGCUCCCUGGACUGUAUCACGGACGAGCUCAAAGGAUCAAAGGAACAGAGUGUCCGGGACUCUAUGGACUCACUGGCACUGUCGAACAUCACAGGAGUGUCAGUAGAUGGUGACACUAAAGAACGGCCACUGGUCUACUCCUUGCAGAGCUUUGAUGAGCUUGAGCGAGAGAACUGUGACAACACAAGCAACAUGGCAACCCUUAACUCUUCCAUUUUACACAACAGUGCCAAUUCACUAAAGAGCCUUACGUCUGAGCUGGAGCAGGAGGCGGCGGAGGAGAACAUAACAGAGGAGAUGGAAGCUCCUCUUCCGUCUCCCCCCAAGCCGCCUCAUGUCCCGGCAUUGAGGAGGACUCGCUCCCAGUCCCGUCCCCAACAGGUCAAGUUUUCCCCGGACGUGGUGGACAACAGUCGCUAUGGCGAUCCGCCGAUGCGGCAGCCUCCGAUGAGCGAGCGGACGCGGCGGCGGGCCUACCACUUUGAAGACCAGGACCAAGAGCUUCGUAGCUCGGGCCGUCGACACAACCACCAUCACCACAGAAGACGCCACAGCCGCAAGUCUCGCUCAGACAAUGCCCUCCACCUGGUGCCCAAGGAAAGGGCCAACCGCAUGUACUUCAGGGAGGACCACAGAGACCACGGAUUCAGCCACAAGGGGCCUCAGCAGCAGGCCUUCCGACCCAACCAACAGGGGUGUGGCCAGGGGCAGCAUCCCCACCAUGCCGGCUCAGACUACGCCCUCCAGCAGGGCCCAGCCAUGGAGAGGUUCCUGGGGUUGUGUGGGGACAGGGACCAGGACGACUGGUGCUCCACCUGCUCCUCCUCCUCCUCAGAGUCCGAGGAGGAAGGCUUCUUCCUGGGUCAGCCCAUCCCCCAGCCCUGGCCACACAGACACUACUAUGAUGACCUGCCUGGACCCAGUCGCGUAGCGGGUCUGCCCUCCCCGUCUUAUGGGGGGGUUCCACAUACUAAGUCCAAAAAGAAAAAGGGGCACAAGGGGAACAACUGUAUCAUUUCAUAAGACAUGAGUUGUCAUGGUAACCCCACGGAUUCGCUUUUCAGAUUUGCCCCCUCCCCCCUAUUGCCACUAUUUGGAAUACAGAGAUAACCAUCUUCCCAUAAAGGCCUGGAUGUACUAUAUAUUUGUGAAUAUGGCUCUGAUCUGAUCCUUGAGAAGAGUUGCAUAAAUGCAUUAAUGGUGUAAUAAUACUUUUUAUUAUAAGAUAUGUCUCUGCAAUUUUGUGAACUGUCCACCAAUUAACAAAUUAACUUUGAACAAAUGUAUUUAAAACAGCCUUUACAGAUGAACUUAAAUUACUAUUUAACAGUGCAGAUAUUAAUGUAUAUAUUGUAAAGUUCAGAUACAAAACUGGUAUUUUUUAUACCCCAGAUAAAAAAAAAAUGUAUUUCUUUUGUUUUUGCAGAAUGACAUAGAAAGGAGUUAUCAAAGAAUGUUCCCUUUUGUUAGCCAGGUCAUGAAACAUGAUAGUAGAACUCCCUGUGCUGCCAGUAGUUACAGGACGUGACAGAGUAUGACCCUUCCUAUUCUAAUGUAUGCGCUUCUUUUGCUUUUAGACUUAUGCAGAUGCAGCCCUAAGAGGAGUGGACACCAUAAUACUAGCUAUGUUGUUUCUGCUCCUGGGUUUUAUUGGGUCAUAUUUAUGGGCCAUUUUGUAUUAUAAACAGAUCACCGUCAUCUGUAUAAAUGUAAAAACUGGAAAAUAAGGCUCGAUGAUAAUUGUAAUAAAGAUAAAGAUAACAU